AAUGGAUAAAGACAGAUUGAAGAUGAAAAAAGAGAAGAGAAAUUCAAUUAUUCAUAAUCUACGUUAUAAUAUACAUUUCUUUACAUUGUGGGUUCUGCUAGAGGGUAUCCUAUUUGGUUCAAUGAAAUUUUACAGUCUAGGCGUUACUAGGACGCUUGAAAGACGUUUCAAUUUGAGAGGUGUCGAAACUGGAUUUAUGAAUGGUAUUGAAGAUGUUGGUACAAUAGUUGUUAUUCUAUUAGUUGGUUACAUGGGUAAAAUAUUUUCAAAACCAAAGCUAAUUGGGUGUUUUAUGAUGCUUAUCUCCUUUGGGUACUUUAUAUUUGCCAUUCCCUUUUUUAUUGAGGGGCCUAAAUUUAGCGGAUUUCCAUCGGAAAAUUUCACUGAAGACCGAUAUAGUAAUGAUUCUAACAGAGAUUUUUGUAAAAUGUCUCAAUCAAUCAAGGAUAUAUGUACCAAUCAUACGAAUUCGGGAAAUAAAAGAGCGUUUAUAAUUUUUAUAUGCGCGAAUAUUCUCAUGGGUCUUGGAGAAUCUUCUCUAUUCACCCUUGGAAUAGCUUAUAUUUAUGAAAAUUCCUCCAGAAAACAAGCAUCGUUUUUACUAGGAUCAAUUAUGUUGAGUUUUUUAUUAGCUCCUGGUGUUGGAUUGCCUUUAUCUUCUGCUCUGACGAAAAUACCCGAGAAUUUAAUAAGCUCACCUUAUGAACCUGGUGAUCAAAGAUUUGUUGGAGCGUGGUGGGUUGGCUAUGUUAUUCUAUCAGCAGCCAUGUUUAUAGUGACUCUGGACUCUCUUAAUCCGAAACUAGCUAAAUUACUUUUGGAAAAAUCCGUAUCAUCUUUGACGAAAUUCAAAGCAGUUGCUUCUGAUAUUCCAAGAUCUUUUUUCAUGAUUUUUAAGAAUAUUCCACUAAUUAUCUUUAUCUUUGGAGAUUGUUUUGUGAUGUUUGCAAUAGUUGGUUAUUCUUCUGCAUCGACAAGAUAUCUCGAAGCUCACUUUAAGAUGCCUAUUCAUAGGGCUAAUUUCAUAUUAGGUAUAAUAAUGGUUGUUCCGGGUAUUAUUGGUUGUGCUCUCUCAUCAAUUUUAAGCCGAUUUGUUGAAAAAAGAAGGGCAUUAGCAGCUUGUGCGUUGCUUUCAUAUCUCUCAGCUGUCAUACCGAUUAUUCUUAUGCAAUUUUCCUGCUCUCAAACUAAUUUAAAUGGAAUUACCGCAAACGAAUCAAUCAAAGGUUGUACAGAAGAAUGUAAUUGUAACGACAUGACCUACGAUCCAGUUUGUGAUUCACAAGGAAUUAAUUAUUUCUCUCCGUGUGCUGCCGGAUGUAAUGCAUCCUUCGUAAAUGAGACCUUUAUCAAUUGUAAAUGCUCUCCGGGUGGCGUUGUUAAAAAAGGACUUUGUUUUACGCCUUGUUCUAAUCUCAACAUAUACAUUAUUAUUUCUACAAUUUCUGUUGUGAUCCAUAUGCUAAAUAAAAUACCUGCAAGUAUUGUCCAGUUAAGGUUAUCUAUACAUAUUUUAACGUGUGUGCUGAUGUUUAUGGGAGCCGUUAUGUAUACAAUUGUCUUUCUAAUUUCCCGUAAAGUUAAAUUCUACAGCAACGACGACAAGGAAAUUGUAAUUGAUAUUAAGGAGACGGCAGAGAACGAUAACGACGACGAAGUUGUCGACAAAGACAAAGAAGCAAACUUAAAGCUUAUGCCCGUAGAGAAACAAACCGUAACGUAA